CCAAUAAUGCAGAUUUUUUUAAAUCUCUAAAUGCUGAACAAAUCACUACUAAGCUUCAAACUGUAACAUAUGGCGUCAGGAGUUCCAGUUUUCUCGCCACGCGAUGCCUGGUUGAGCUAGCAAUAUGGUAUGGAGACAAGUAUCCAUUAGCAGCCAGCGUGUUGUUGAAUAAUACCUAUGUCGAUGAUUGUCUUUUUGGGUCUUGCAGUAUUGAGCAAUCAAAGCAGGUAUGUAAUGAAUUAAUUACUUUAUUAAAGCUUGGAAGCUUUGAGCUGCAUAAAUGGAGCUCAAGCAGCAAUAGGGUAUUAUCUGAUAUUCCAAAGGAUAAGCAAGUAUUUUCUGAACAUCAUUAAUUUGAUAACAGUGAAGCUGUGUUAAAGGCUUUAGGAUUAUUUUUAGAUAUGAAAAAUGAUUAAUUUAGAAUAUGCAAGCCAGAAGGUAAACUCCCUAAAGAGUGGACGAAACGAACUGUUUUUUGACCCUUUAGGCCUUGCUGGCCCUAUUGUCACAAAGGCAAAAGAAUUUAUACAAAGGCUAUGGAUUGAAAAACUGUCUUGGGAUCAUCCACUACCUAAUAAAUUGUUAUUAUCUUGGAAUAUUUUUUUUUGUGAUUUAAUGAAUAUGGAUCCCCUUAUAAUAGACCGAAAUCUUAAAAUAUGUAAUGCUGACCAUAUAGAUCUAAUUGGCUAUUGUGACGCAUCAAAUAUUGCAUUUGGCAGUUGUGUUUAAAUAAGAGCUAUACAUGGAAAAUAGUGCAUGUAUCAUUAGUUUGUAGUAAAUUAAGAAUUGCCCCUGUCAAUGCAAAAAUAUCCAUACCGAAACUAGAGUUAAAUGGUGCAGUAUUGCUGGCCAAAUUGUUUAAGAAAAUAAUAUCAUUAUUUCAUAAUGUUAAUUUUAGAUAUAAAUAUUUGUUUACUGAUUCUCAGAUAGUACUUUGGUGGUUGAAAUCAAAUAAUAAGCCACAAUAUAUUCAAAAUCGGGUACGUACUAUCAAUAAAUUAACGAAAGAAUGUAAUUGGUUUCAUGUUAAUGGGUCAAACAAUCCGGUCGAUUGCUUUAAAUCCCACUCAAUUGGCUUCUUGCCAAAUUUGGUGGCAAGGGCCACAAGAACUUUAUGAUGUAAAUCCCAUUCCCAAGGAAAUAAGUUUAAAUAAGGUUAUAUCAGACGAUAUUGACGAUCUCAAUGUUAAUUGUAGCAUACAACAAGAAAUGUUUCCUAUUUCAAAUGUAUCAACGUUAACUAGGUUGCAACGUAUAUAUGCAUAUGUUCUUAGAUUUAUAAAUAAUUGUAAACUUGCCAAAGAUGAUAGGAAUUUAAAAAAUCUCACUGCUUCUGAAAUUAGAUACUCAAUGUCACGCUUGAUUGUGUACAUUCAAUCUUUACACUUUAAUAAAGAACUUAAAUGUAUGGCAAAAAACAUACCUAUAAAAACAAAUGUUAAAUCUCGUAAUCCUUUUUUAGACAAAUUAGGAAUAAUGCGCGUUGCGGGAAGGUUGGAAAAUGCCAAUGUGCCUUAUAAUCAAAAGUAUCCAAUAAUUUUACCAAAUAAAUGUCAUUUUACAACCCUUAUCAUACGCAAUGAGCAUUUGUCACUAUUGCAUUCAGGAUUAAAAUUAACUUUGUCUAGUUUAGUGCAAAGGUAUUAUAUUGUAAGUGCAGUAAGAGAAAUAAAAAAGGUUGUUCAUAGAUGUACCAUAUGUUUCAAAUUUAGAGCAGAACGGGCUAGCCAAUUAAUGGGAUCACUACCUGGCGCUCAAAUUACUCAAGAUAGGGUGUUCAAUCAGAUUGGAAUGGAUUAUUGUGGGCCAUUUCAAAUUAAACAGUCAACUCUUUGCAGAUCCAUUAUUAGUAAAGGCUAUGUGCUAGUAAUAGUUUGCUUUGUAACUAAAUGCAUUCUUUUAGAGUUAGUAUCUGAUCUCACUACUGAAUGUUUUUUGGCAGCUUUUAAAAGAUUUUGCUCCAGGCGAGGAAUCCCAGCUACCGUUUUCUGCGAUAACGCAUCAACUUUUAAAGGUGCUAAUAAUAAGUUAAGGCAAUUAUAUCUUUUGAAUAAUUCUCAAGUCCACAAGGACAAUGUUUCAGAUUUUUGUACAACAAGGGGAAUUGAGUUCAAAUUCAUUCCAUCUUAUAGCCCUACUUUUGGAGGACUUUUUGAAGCUUCUUAUUUAUUGGAGAAAUAUGCUUCACAUAUGAACAGUUCUACACAUUAAUGGUUCAAAUUGAGGGAAUAUUGAACUCAAGACCUUUGACAUCAUUAUCACAAGAUGUUAAUGAUUUUUCUUUUUUGACUCCGGCUCAUUUUUUGUGUGGAGCCCCAAUAAAUAGUAUUCCUGAACCAGAUUUGACCUCUAACAGUAACCCAAAUAUUUUGAAGUUCUGGAGAAAAUGUACAAAGAUCCAACAGGAUUUUUGGAAGGUGUGGCAUAAAAAUUAUUUGUCUCAGCUAAUAUCACGGCCUAAAUGGCAUAAGGCUAAGCAGAAUAUUAAAAUGGGGGAUUUGGUUUUUUUAAUUGGAGAUAACUGCUCUCCACUUAAAUGGCCUGUUGCUAGAGUCAUAAAUUUGUAUCCAAGUUCAGACGGUAAAGUAAGAGUAGUGGAGGUCAAGUAUAGUCAGAGUGUUCAUAAACGAGCCAUAAACAAGAUAGCAGUAUUGCCAAUUUAUGAUGAUUAAUAAGUUUUAAUAUUAAGAAUAUAUAUGUGAAUGCUAAGUUUAUUAGUUUAUAAUUCAGGAGUGAUUAGUUUGAUUUUUUUGCGAGGCUCCUCGCCAAUUUAUGUUCAAUUAAAAAAAAAACAUAAUAAUUGUUGAUGGCAACAUUUUUAUUUUGCUGUUUCCUUUUCCGUUGCUAUUCCGCUUUGGUGUGCAUCUCAUUAUCUUGUUAAAUUAAUAAAUAAAACAUUUUAAAAAUUUCAAAAGUUUUUAUUUUCUUUCCCGAACACAUACUUAAAUAACUCAAAAUCUCCUGAACGAAUACCUCUUGAUAAAGUUAAAUUAUAAUGUACAAGAUUUAUGUACAUCAUAUAAAACUGCGGUGUUUUCCCAAACUCGCCGUUGAGUGUUUAUUGCUUGUAAAUAUUAUAGUCAUCGAGUAAUUUUUCAAGUUCUUCGUUUUCAAUUAUAAAUGACGAUAUUGGUGCAGUUUGCAGCCGUGUAUUUCUUGGAGCAUGUUAUCUGUGACCGCAAUAUUUUUAAAUUUUAAGAAUGACUUGAAAUGUAAGACUUGCAAUCCCAAUCCCAUCAAAGGGUGAAGUCUUUUUCAUCUAUUAAAGUGUGUACCUUCCAAAAACCCAUUUACUGAGCUCGCUGCUAGCAAAUUACUCUGCACCACAAUAUUGGAUAUGCCGCAAUCAAUUAUAAUUUUGCCUACUGCUUUAAAAUAAGCCAUCAUGAUAUGGAAAGGCCCCAAGUGUAUAAAUAAAUUAUCAAAUGCUGGUUUUUCGGUAGAUUGAAUUUGUAAGGCAACUUUUGCUAUUGCAAGGUCGUAAGUCACUUGAAUAGAAGUUUGCUGUACAUCCUAACACAUUCUCUGACUUUGCCUCAUAGUUUCUAAAACUACUGAUCUACCAGUAGGUGAUACAUUUAUAGGAGUUAGGUAAGAAACUAUUUGUUUUAAGCUAUUAUUGUCACUCUUUGAACAAUUGAAACCGACCCCACAUUGGAACACCUGGCAAUCGUAAAGCAUGGCUCAGCAUCCAGAUUGCAUCAAUUGUAUUAUAUGAUGGUAAAUUCACAGGGCUUAAAUUUUCUGAUUCAUGUACUGACAGUUGCAGAUUAUCCAUCAUACGUGGUUUUUUAGGGUACGGAAUUGCAUCUAACGAAAAAGCCUCAAAUGUUCUCCGUCUUCAUCUUGUUGAGUCCAAGGUAAUGUCAUUGGAAGAGGAUGGAUCCAGUGUUUCAGAGUCACUUGUAGUGCCAGAAUCUAAAUCUUGGUAUAUUAUCCCAACGGUAUCGUGCAGCGUAUCCUUUCCACUUUUUGUUUCUACGAACCGGUCAAAAUUAUCAUACGCAACACCAGUAGACAGAUGUCGGAUCUCCCUCCCGGGAAGCCUUGGCAGAGGUGCCCCCCUCUUGAUCCUAUACAGCGAUGCGGCUUCCCGUAUUCGCAGAUCAAGGGGUAGCAGCCCUGACAGUAACAGCGCCGAGUUUAGGGAGACAGUGCGAUAGGCUCGGCAGAUUUUUGGGCAAAGCCCCGCUGAACUGCAUUCAGUAGCUUUUGGGCCCCUAGUUUUUGGCAACCUUCCUGUCUCUAAGAUAGUCGUCCUCCAGUCUACGCACAUUCACCGGGCACUCCUCCUCCGCCAGUCUCAAUCUUAUCUUCGGCCACCAUGCAUUGUCGAAGGCCCCCUCUAUGUCCAGUGACACCACUGUUACAAGUUUUUUCUCUCUCAGUUCCGAGCGUAU